AACGCCAAGCAGCUUUAAGGUCUUUUCACUCUGCUUUGCAAACUGCCUGCUGCUUGGAGGUCACUCCAAAAAACAUCACAGCAGAGCCCAUGGUCUUCCAGCACAAUAUUUGAUCAGGAAUCUGGGCGGGUACCAACCUUGGCAAGUUGAAACUUGCACCUACAUGCUCCAUAAUACACAAGAGGAUCACACAGGAGAACUCUAAAGCUGUGGGAAAAGGUGUCUCUGAAUCUAGAUCAAAUCAGGUUGGUCCAAAGCUUAUGGCAACAAUGCACUGGGCUUCUGUUCUGAUUAUAGUUGGCCUCUGCCAAGUGUCCUUGAGCCAGUAUGAUGAUCAGUAUGAGGACAUGGCCUGGCUACAGCACUAUUUACGCAGCCAAUCCUCUUCCUACAGCUAUUCUCCAUAUUAUGAAGAUGAGGUUCCCCCAUAUUCUUCUUACUCUUAUGUGCCAGCUGGGUCCUCUGUUGGGGAGCCUGUCCCUGAACCACCCGUUUCCAGGGAAUGCCCCCACGAAUGCGAAUGCCCACCCAACUUCUCUUCUGCUUUGUAUUGUGACUCUCGCAACCUCAGGUAUCUUCCUUUUGUGCCUUCCCGGAUGAAAUACGCCUACUUCCAGAACAACCAAAUUGGGGCUAUCCAAGAGGGAGCCUUUGACAAUGCUACCAACCUAGAGUGGCUUGCGUUGCACGGCAAUCAAAUAACCAGUGAGAAAAUGGGAAAGAAAGUCUUCGCCAAGCUCAAGAACCUAGAGAGGCUUUACCUUGACCACAACAACUUGACCAAGAUGCCUACCCCUUUACCACGGUCGCUGCGAGAGCUUCACUUGGCUUAUAAUCAAAUCUCCAAGGUGCCAUCCAAUGCUCUUGAAGGCCUAGAGAACCUCACCGCCCUCUAUCUCAGCCACAACCAGAUCCAUGAAAUUGGUUCAAACCUCAAGGGGUUGAAGUCUUUGAUUCUUGCAGACCUGAGCUAUAACCAGCUCAGGAGAGUCCCCGAUGGCCUUCCGAUUGCCUUGGAGCAGCUAUAUCUGGAGUAUAAUCACAUACAAACCAUCCCCGAUGAUUUCUUCAAAGUCUCCCCCAAGUUGCUCUAUGUACGUCUUUCUCAUAAUAGCCUGACAAAUGAAGGAGUCUCCCCCAAUGCUUUUAAUGCAAGUAACCUCCUGGAGCUAGAUCUCUCGUACAACAGGCUUCAGAAGAUACCACGAGUCAGUACAAGCCUCGAGAAUCUCUAUCUCCAAGGAAACAAAAUAAAUGAAUUCACCAUCAGCAGCUUCUGCACCAUCGUAGACAUCAUGAAUUUUUCCAGACUACAAGUUUUGAGGUUGGAUGGGAAUGAGCUCCGUCGGAAUAACCUGCCCUCCGACGCCCCACUCUGCCUGCGAUGGGCGAGCGUAAUAGAGAUUUAGCCAUUGCUCCGGAUCCUUUCCUUAACCCCUUCCCUCCUUACAAGGCCAGACCCCUCCUGCGAUCACACGGGAGCAGAGGCCGACAUUCUCAGUUUUAACGCUGCUUCGUUUGACUCAGCUUCUGCAUUUGUAUAAUGUAAGGGGGGGGGGGUUUGAUAAACUUGAUCCAACAGAUGCUGCCCCGUUAUUAGCCAGUCAGGUGACAACAACUAUGCAGGCAAAAAAU